AUAAAGGAAGGCGCCGGACGGGCAGCACGGACGAGGCUACGAAAAUAUCCUUCUACAUUCGAACUGCAGGUCGCGCUGCGCAUGGGAAAUCCCAAGUGACUGUGAUGGCCGAGGCUGACCAGCGUGUUCGUCUGAUACAGCCAUCGCCAAUACUUUUUACAAGGUGACUGUACACACGCGUUCGUCGGCAAACAUUAACUUGUUUUCAAGUAGCGUGCUCGGACAGCAGCAUGCCCUGGACACCCAGACAUUUCACAUCUUAAGCACGUACGGGCGCCCUCCCAGUCUUGAGAGUGACCAGGUUGCCAUACUUAUAUCCAGGGGUUCGACCACAUCUCCGACAGGGGUGCCGAAUCCACGCCUCUUGUGAUUCUUGAAACGUUUUGGCUCCAUGGUUUCUCCCUCCACCACUGGCUCGACACUGCACCCAGACACUGCACUUGGCCUCACCACAGCGCCGACGCACCCAUCGACAGCGACCACAACCCCCAGGAACACACAGCAACAGAAACAGGUGCCCCUCGAAUUGAAACCACCUGGCCCGCUGCCGUGACACUGGACAGUGCUACGGAUUUUCCUAGCACAAUUCAUCAAACGCUACGACCUUCACUUGCCUUUAUACCUGGGCCGCCCACGUACCCUGCGCGCUAAAACACCGUUCGAAGAACCGGAGAUUCCCCAACAGCAACCUUGCCUCAGGGCACCACUGAGGAGGCACCACCACCGCCGCCACCACCAACGUCCAAAACUCCAAGACGCACGACGACACCUUGCCUUACACAACCGAUUUCGAACGAGCGAAAUCACCCUGACCUGACCUUAGGGAGGGCCUGCAAAACAGACACACACAGCUUGACAACUCUCGCCGUCGUCGCUCUUUACACGUACCGAUUGCCCCCAUCCGUUACCAUUGUCUGCCGUUCGCUUCCCGGCGCGUAGCGGAUGCAUCCGAACCUCACGACGACCAACUAAGCCUCGGAAUUCCUUUCUCUUCGUAAACCUCGCCCGGCGCGAGUCCCGAUUUUGCUCUCUAUUCGAACUUGGGAGAGACCAACAGCCACCACGGCUAGCUUACGAACUACUGUGCAGCGCAAUUUUCAGCUGUCGUUACACUCGUUUGAUUCAAGAUGUCGUGGAUGUUGGAAGAAAAGUAUAUCGGUCUGGCGCUAGCCAUGACGUCGAGUUUAGCAAUUGGCACGAGUUUCGUGAUCACAAAGAAGGGAUUGAAUCAAGCAGAAGAGAGACACGGCUUCGAAGGAGAUGGCUACGUAUACCUCAAGAAUCCCAUGUGGUGGGCGGGAAUUGGAUGCAUGGUUGCUGGCGAGAUUUGCAACUUUGCGGCAUACGCAUUUGCUCCAGCCAUUCUGGUCACUCCACUAGGUGCGCUGGCGGUGCUAAUAGGAGCUGUACUGGGAUCGUACUUCCUCAACGAAGAGCUUGGAACCUUGGGCAAGUUGGGAAGCGCCAUCUGUCUCAUCGGCGCAGUCAUCAUCGUCCUCCAUGCUCCCCCUGACGAGGAUAUCCAGACGAUCGACCAAAUUCUCAACUAUGCGAUCCAGCCGGGGUUUCUCCUUUACUCGGCUCUGGUAUGUGGCUUUGCCGGGUUCAUGAUCUACAGGGUCGCUCCGGUCUACGGCAAGAAAAACCCCCUCGUCUAUCUUAGUAUUUGCUCCACCGUGGGUUCGAUAUCGGUCAUGGCUGUCAAGGCCUUUGGCAUUGCGCUCAAGUUGACCUUCGCGGGCAACAACCAAUUCACCCAUCCGUCGACCUAUGUCUUUAUGAUCAUCACCGCCGUCUGCAUUCUGACGCAGAUGAACUACUUCAACAAAGCACUCAGCCAAUUCCCUACCAAUAUCGUCAACCCUUUGUACUACGUCACAUUCACCACCGCUACCCUUUGCGCCUCGUUCAUCCUCUUCAAGGGCUUCAACACUACUGAGCCUGUCGCCACCCUCUCGCUUCUUUGUGGUUUCCUGGUCACUUUUACCGGAGUCUACCUGCUCAAUCUAAGCCGCGGCGAUCCGGAUGGCACUAAGCACCUUGCACGACGGAGUCGCGGCGAUGCCACUGGUACCGACAUGAUCUCAGGUCUGCAAACCCGCAUGAGUAUGGAGAGACGGCGCUCACUGGGACGUAUGAGCACAGGCAGCAACCGCGACCGCGACAGUCUUAUGAGGGCUUACGACGAAGAAGAGGCGCUGGGGCUGGCCGAUCUUGCCGAGGAUUCAGAGGAGGAGGAUGACGACCCCCGCUCGCCCAUGAUCGGCAGCUUCAGACACAGCAACGGAGGCCCAGUCAAUGGAAACACAACGACGACAUCAACAACACAAGGGGGUCGUCUCGCCCCUAACGGGAAAAAACACGCGGUCGGCGAUUCAAUAGAGAUGCAAAACAGGAAAAAGUCUGGAGAGAGAUGAAUACGAUACCCCGAUAACACAAAGCCGAGAAAAGGUCUUUUUUAACCCUUUCCUUUUUCCUUGUUUUCUUCUCUCUCCUGUUUUACUUCGCAUAUUCUUCUUCAUCACGUACAAUAGACCGACUAGGCUAUUUGGGGGCCUCAAGGGGGGCAUGUCGGUUGUAGCAUUUUUCUGUUAAACGUUCGCCGGUCUACAAAGGGAGAGGCGGGCAAGCAAGGCAUGGGCUCAAGGCGCAGUCCAGAUCGUUAUGUACCAAACCAUUCUACCUACGCUAUCUACUUUCCCAGAUGCACGCCUAGCCUUUAGUGCAACGGACGGGAAGUUCACGUUCCACUCUACCACGAUGUCGAGCGCGAGAAACAGAAAAAUAACGGUGGGAAUCGGUGUAUGGGCCCCACCACCAAGUUUGACCGAACUUGCCUAAUCCGAGACCGCAGUCUCGAGGUCUGCAUCAAGGAGAGUUCCCUCUUCUGAAGGGAUAGUUGAGGAUUUAUCUGAGUGUAUACCAUGAAAGUCUUCAGGGUAAACGAAGAUGUAUAAAGAGGGGCGUAUAAGUGAAGAAGAACCCGAGGCACCCCCAAAAUCUGUAACGAAUGGAGCGAAUUGAUUGUCGAUCUAUACACACAACACAGCACCUUUCAGACCAAGCAGAGCAAAGACCGGAGAUAUAGACAACAGAUCGAAGUGAGGAGGAGGAGAAGGAGGGAGGGAAUUCACAAGGGAUUCAUUUAUAUAUGGGGACCAAGACAGAUGGAUGAUUGAAACCAAUACAACAAGAAAAGUGUUAUGCGUGUCCUGACUCUCUUCUUCUUCUCCGUGAGUUAGGUACAACGUGUGAAGUAUCUCUACCUUGUUUCUUAUUGGUUCCAAGUACGAGCGGGUGCCUUAAUGAUGUGUUACCCCUUCAUAGGAUCCCAUAUUCCCAACUUUUCCGAGUCCUAACUGCCCCUAGACACUAUAUUCCAUUACUGUUAUACCUCCAAGUUGUGUAUUAUUCCCCUCAAACGUCCAUAUCCUUUUCCUCCC